AUGGACAGCAGCAGCUUCAUCCAGUUUGACGUCCCUGAAUACAGCAGCAGCGUCCUGAGCCAGCUGAAUGAGCUCCGCCUGCAGGGCAAGCUUUGCGACAUCAUUGUGCACAUCCAGGGCCAGCCGUUCCGCGCUCACAAAGCUGUUUUAGCCGCCAGCUCUCCCUACUUCCGCGACCAUUCGGCGUUAAACACCAUGAGUGGCCUGUCCAUCUCCGUCAUCAAAAACCCCAGCGUCUUCGAGCAGCUGCUUUCCUUUUGCUACACUGGACAGAUGUCUCUGCAGCUGAAGGACGUGGUCAGCUUUCUGACGGCCGCCAGCUUCCUCCAGAUGCAGUGCGUCAUCGACAAAUGCACCCAGAUCCUCGAAAGCAUCCAUUCGAAAAUCAGCGUCGGGGAAGUCGACUCGGUCACGAUCGGGGCCGAAGAUCCUCUGGAGAACCACAACGGCCUGAAGGAGAGUAGCUAUUUUGCCAACCCCGUGGAGAUUUCUCCUCCCUACUGCCCGCAGGGGCGUCCGCCGGCUUCAGGGAACGACCUCCGGAUGGAAACGGCGCCGACCGGCGCUCUCCGCGGCCGCCUGCAAGAAGAAGGCCACUCGGACCGGGGGAGCAGCGGGAGCGUUUCGGAGUACGAGAUUCAAGUCGAAGGGGAUCACGACCCGGUGGAGCUGAUCGUUCGAGAGAGCCAGACGGCCGAGGUGAAAGUCAAAAUGGAAAAAUCCGACCGGCCGAGCUGCUCAGACAGCUCUUCGCUUGGCGACGACGGCUACCACACGGAAAUGGUCGACGGAGAACAAGUGGUGGCAGUGAACGUCGGGUCCUACGGCUCCGUCUUGCAAAACGCUUUCUCGUACUCCCAGGGAUCCUCGCAGCCUGCUCCCGUCUCCGAAUCCUUCGGAAGCCUCAGGAGCUCGGGCAGGUCCAUGCUCGGCUCCUACCGAGGCCGCGGGCGACAGAAGCGGGUCUCCGCCAGCCACUUGCACAGCGACGUUUCCGGCCUCGUGUCGGGAGCCGACGGCGAGCCCUCAGCCCACCCGCCGGGCUACGAGAGCGGCCCCCGGGAGAGGAAUUCCCGAGGCCACUGGUACGCCUACAGCGAGCGGCUGAUCUGCAUCUACUGCGGGAAGUCUUUCAACCAGAAGGGCAGCCUCGACCGGCACAUGAGGCUUCACAUGGGCAUCACCCCCUUCGUGUGCAAGUAUUGCGGGAAGAAAUACACCCGCAAGGAUCAGCUCGAGUACCACAUCCGCGGCCACACCGACGACAAGCCCUUCCGUUGCGAAGUCUGCGGGAAGUGCUUUCCUUUCCAAGGGACCCUGAACCAGCACUUGCGGAAGAACCAUCCGGGCGUGGCCGAAAUCCGUAGCCGGGUGGAGUCGCCCGACCGAACAGAAGUCUAUAUGGAACAGAGAGACGACGAGGCGUCCGCCACCGAGACUCUGGAUUAUACCAUGGAUGUGCACACCCCCGAUUAA